AAACGAUACAUGUAAAGAUAGAGCCGCAGUGGUUCCAAAUUAUAUCUCCCCCUUCGCGUUUGGAAAUGGGAAGUGGAGCUCUGCGUUUGCUCAAAGGAGCUUCAUCACUUCCAUUGUUGAAUCCCCAAAUCUUCAUCUCCACCAGUUUGAAUACGCUUCCUGUUUCUAAUAUCAGAAUCCAGAAAUGUUCGACUGCUCCUGGAAUUCGUGCCUCUCUUCAACCUCCCGAUGUUCCUCGUUUAGCUGAAACAGCUCGAAUUUCCCUCAAUCCGAGUGAGGUUGAAGAAUUUGCUCCCAAGAUUCGACAGGUUGUUGACUGGUUUGGGCAGCUCGAGGCGGUUGAUCUUCAAAGCAUUGAGCCUUCCAUUAGGGCAGAUACUGAAGGUGGCAAUCAGCGGGAUGAUGUUUCUGAAACAUUCGAAAACAGAGAGGCCUUGAUCGGCGCAGUUCCAGUCUUUGAUGAGCCGUAUAUCAGAGUUCCUAAAGUUCUGAAUAAGGAGUAGUUGCUAAGGUAGGCAGUUUGUUUCAUCUGUUUCUGUUAAUUCAUUAAUGGCAUGUUCUUCAACAUCUUAUGUCUCCCGAAAUUAUUAACUUUGCUACAAGUUACUCGGCGAUAUUCGAAUUACAGUUCAAAUUAGUCAUCCAU